CUAUUAGAAAUCCGAAGAUUCGGAACGAUUAUUCGUAUUCCAGUUUCCAAACAAUGACAUACGUGCACAGGUCAGAUAUAGCUCAGCGGCGAUUGAACCUUCCUACUUGCGUCCUGCCUUCUGAGUUCUGGCCUCUCCCCCAGUUGACUGAAAACUGAAAAACCGAAGAGAAGAAAUUUUUAUUUUUUCUCGUCGCUCACAUAGACCACCCGAUUGGAAUUGUCCAACACAGAAACAGUUAUUUAGACCGUUAAUCUUCUCCAUUCCCGUUUACCGAGGAGCUUCUGUUGACGAUCUUCUCCCUCCGGUCUCAUAGUCUCGCCUUCCCUGAGAGAAUUGUCUACGAGUGGAUUAUCUCUAUCUCGGUUCAGUAUAUAAACAGCUAUCCUUCAUCCAAUCUCGCUACUUCUCAGAGAGGAACCCACAAUCCAGUUUAUCUUUGGUAAAGCAGGGUUUGGGCUUUAGCUUUAGCCAGACGUUGACAGUCAACCAUGGGAGGCGGAACCGGAGCUGAUUCCGAUAACACUUCCGCCGCUCCUCCUCCUGCCUCUGCCGCCGCUGACGGUGGAGACGUCCAAAUCAGGCAGAGCCGAAGACUGCCCGACUUCUUGCAGUCUGUCAACUUGAAGUAUGUCAAACUAGGGUACCAUUACUUGGUGAGUCACCUCUUGACUCUGUGCCUCAUCCCUCUCAUGGCGAUGAUCAUAGUUCAGGCUGGGCAGAUGAACCCCGAGGAUGCUCGUCAGCUGUGGCUCCACCUCCAAUACAAUCUUGUUAGCGUCAUCGUCUGCUCGGCUUUUCUUGUCUUCGGGUCUACCCUCUACGUCAUGACCCGCCCGCGCCCCGUUUACCUCGUCGAUUACGCUUGUUACCGACCGCCAUCUCAUUUCCAGGUCCGGCCUCAGAAGUUUAUGGAGCAUUCCAGGCUCAUCGGCGACUUCGACGAGGCCUCGCUCGAGUUCCAGCGCAAGAUCCUCGAGCGCUCCGGUCUCGGCGAUGAGACUUACCUCCCCGAAGCGAUGCAUUGCCUGCCACCGCGUCCGUCAAUGGCUGCAGCCCGGGAGGAGGCCGAGCAGGUCAUGUUUGGUGCUCUGGAUACCCUGUUUGCUAACACCUCUGUGAAGCCCAAGGAUAUUGGUAUUCUUGUUGUUAAUUGCAGUCUAUUCAAUCCCACCCCUUCGCUUUCUGCUAUGAUUAUUAACAAGUACAAGUUGAGGGGGAAUAUCAGGAGCUUUAAUUUGGGUGGGAUGGGUUGCAGUGCCGGCGUGAUUGCCGUCGACCUUGCCAAGGACAUGCUUCAGGUUCACGGCAACACUUAUGCGGUUGUCGUCAGUACUGAGAACAUUACCCAGAACUGGUAUUUUGGGAACAAGAAGUCGAUGCUGAUACCCAAUUGCCUGUUCAGAGUUGGUGGCGCCGCCGUUUUGCUGUCCAACAAGUCCGCCGAUAGGCGCCGUGCCAAGUACAAAUUGGUUCAUGUCGUGAGGACUCACCGUGGGGCUGAUGAUAAGGCAUUCCGUUGUGUUUAUCAGGAAGAGGAUGACGCCGGUAAAGUUGGUGUCUCCCUGUCCAAGGACCUCAUGGCCAUUGCUGGAGGAGCCCUUAAGAUCAAUAUCACCACCCUCGGUCCGCUUGUUCUCCCAAUUAGCGAGCAGCUUCUCUUUUUCGCGACCCUGGUGGUGAAGAAGCUGUUCAAUUCAAAGGUCAAACCUUACAUUCCGGACUUUAAGCUUGCUUUCGAACAUUUCUGCAUCCAUGCCGGAGGCAGGGCUGUGAUUGAUGAAUUGGAGAAGAACCUGCAUCUGAUGCCAGUACAUGUCGAGGCUUCUCGGAUGAGUCUCCACCGUUUCGGCAAUACAUCAUCGAGCUCCAUAUGGUACGAGUUGGCCUACACUGAGGCCAAGGGGAGAAUGCGCAAGGGCAAUCGCGUCUGGCAGAUUGCGUUUGGAAGUGGUUUCAAGUGUAACAGUGCUGUCUGGGAAUCACUUCGGCAUGUGAAGCCAUCUCCUAAGAACCCCUGGGAAGAUUGCAUUGAUAGGUACCCUGUGAAGACAGUUUCUUAGUCUUCUGGUUCAGGAGAUUAGUUAGCUGUGUCCCAGCAAAUCAUCUUGUUUGGUCUGUCUUGCCAUUUGAUUCAUCAGGUCCUUUCUCUGGUCUUUGAUCUUGAAAGCCAUAAUGUUGAUUUCUUUUCAUUUUCUUUAAUUUAUGUAUGGUUGGGGUAUUCUGAAUUAAUGUACAAUAACAUUUUAGGAGUUUUCGAGUUUCACCAUUGUGAUGGUAUAAUGUGAAGAAUCAAGAAUGCAUUGCUCAAUGCCUUAUUCUGAAAUUCCUCUUUGAUAUGCUUGGCCAUGGCAGAAGAUCUUCAGAAACUAUUUAUAGAGAUAGUUUAUUG